AUGUCUUCUUCCGGCGACGCGACAGUUCCAGCUACGCGCAGACUGCGCAAGUCUAUUGGCGGCCAAAUAUCGUCAGCCAAGGCUACAGAGAAAGAGAACGUGACACUUGAUCUUGGAAGCAGUUCUCUUGCUGCCAACCGGAAGAAGUCGCGAAGCAAGAGCAUUGGGCCUGGUGGCCUGGACGUUCUGAAGAACGCCAACGGUAAUCGAAGAGCCAAUGACACGCCACCGAGCGCGCACGUUAGUCAGCAAGAUGCAUCCUCCGGCGCCAAAGUUGCGCUGCGAACAGAGGAAGAGCAACAGGCAAAGGCGCGACAGCGCGAAGAACGGGACCGAAGGGAAGCGCGCCGAAAGUCAUUGGCGAAUCGUAGAGUAUCCUUUGCAGCCGAAGCAACACUACACACAUUUCACGAAAUCGACUUCAUGCAAGAGGCAUCCAGGGAUUCAUCCCGGCGCGCAUCCUCAAAACCUAGCACCAACGACAAAGCUUCGAGCCGAACCAGAACGCCACAAGAGCAGGUUGACGGUUUGGUGCCAGAAUCACCAGAAGACCAAAGGGACGCCCAUCAGAGAAAACGAAGAAGAAGCUCUGCCCUCCCAGCCGCGAACUAUGGCGACAACGAUGAUCCUACGAUGGCAUCGUCAAUAUACAGCUCCGACUCGGAGCCUGCCGAUGCUGUGGAAGAAAUUCAAGAUGACGAACAAGAGGAGGACUCCAACUCUGAUGAUGACUCCGACGUGGACGACGGCACGAUGAUGACGGUCGAGGAUCACGAGGUCACUGGCGCAUCGGUCAUGUCUGCCAUGUCUGGUCGCUCAGGAUCGUCGACUGGCGACAGUGACACACUGGAAGAAGCACUUCGUAUGGCAGCGCGCACGGCCGGCACCCAGAAACUGGGCCUCGACGACUCUGAGGGCGAAGAAGAAGUCAUCCCAUCAUUUGGUUGGAUCAAGAAGAACUCCGACAAGAGUGAUGCUCCUCAAGAUGGAAAGCAUGCAGGCCACGAACCGCCAUCGCCCCCGGCUGACGAUGUUGACGAAGACGAUGGCGCUAUGGAGAUGGACAUGGAAAUGACCCAAGCUGUGGGCGGCAUUCUUCCCUCACCAGAUGACGAACAAGACGACGGAGAGCUCGACAUGUCCAUGGAUGUAACUCGCGCCAUUGGUGGCAUUUUAUCGCAACCUAGGGACAAAAUUGCCAAUCCACACGAGCAUGGGGAAGAAGGCGAGGAAACAAUGCAAAUGGACGAGACCAUGGAAGUUACCAAAGCUCUCGGAGGUAUUCUGAGGAGUGUGCCAGAUCUCGAACCAGACGAGAAUGAAGACAUGUCAAUGGAAAUCACAACAGCCAUCGGCGGCCUCAUUCCGGCACGCAACACCAACCAAGCCACUGCCACUCGGCGCAGAACCAUGACUUCGGCCAACAGCAAGAACCUGGAUGACGACACCAUGGACAUGGAUAUGACCGUUGGUGUUGGUCGGAUCUUGCCAUCUGUGACUGGGGCCCAAGGCCAGGACGACGGAAAUGCUACAGUCGGCAUGGAUAUGACCAUUGGUGUUGGGCGUAUCUUGCCAGCUGCCAGCAACGACGAAGACAACGUGGAACAAGACCAAACUAUGGGCAUGGACAUGACUGUCGCCAUGGGCAGUAUUCUCAAGGGUCCUCAUGUGCCAGAGUCCCGCAGUGAUGCUAAGAGGUUCAUGGAAGAGGAGGUCGACAAGCCAGAUUCACCUUCAAAAGCCGGAUCAAUAGGUGUUCCCCCAAAAUCGCCAGCACAACGGCUUGCCGCUUCAACCAAGCCAACAAUAAUGUCAGCUCCAGGAACUCCUGAGACAAAUUCUUUCGGUGGUAGCGCUCUGCGACGCAGCUUGCCGCGUCCAGGGACAGCAACGCCGCAAUCCUCUCCUUUGAGAACCACUCCAAGUCCGCAGAAGUCGACCGCGCAGUCGCGAGCGAGAGCGAGGUCAAAAUCGGCGUCGCCGACAAAAGCCACGCCGUCUCCAUUUAAGCCAGUCUCAUCACCUACGAGGACUCCGCAAUCGCGAACGAAGCAGCUUGGCCGCUCUAGGCUACCAGACAGCAAGCCGGCGACCCCUUCGCCUGUGAAAUCGGCCAAAAAGAACCUAGACGUUUUCCAGCAAGACCCUAGCACGGGAGCUAGGACGCCGUUGGUUGUUCUGACGCCACAGACGCGCCGUCUGUCCGGCGUGGGUGCCGACAGAGCUGGCUUGGGAUCACCCAAGGUGGCUGCCAUUUUCGAUCGUCGGGAGUCGUUGAGUGAUGCUACUCAGGCAUUUGUGCCUGGCCAGAACCGUGGUGUUUCCUUCGCAAAUCCCCGCAUCAUGGAAUUCGAAGUCGACAACGACCGCGAGGAGGAAGAGGAGAAGGAGAACCAACGUAAGAUACUUGAGCGCGAGGUUGACGGUCAAGACGACAGGGAGGCUACGCUCAACCUGAAAGAAAUGAUUCAAAGCAUGAGCCCAAUGAGGAAGCCCUUGAAGGGCCGUAAGAGUCUUCAUGUCGGCAGCGCAAAAGGUCUUCUCGGCAAGCGACCAUUUGAGUUAUCAGAUGACGAAGAGGCUGAAGCAGAUGAUGGUGUCAAAAGACUUAAGAAUCACCAGGGGAGCCCGGUCAAGAACGUUAGGCUUCAACAGCCCCCCAGCAAAGCCGAGACAACUGGCCGACGAUCGCUACGAUCGUCUCAGAAGAGCCUUGAAGAUUCAACACAGGAACAUCAAACACCCACCCUGACGGCGCUGUCCUCGAGGGAUGAUGGCAAUGCCACGACCCCGAGAGGACAGACCCGGUUCAAAGACAUCGAAGAUGACACGGCGACCCAUCCGAUGGACUUUGAACGAUCGCCCGUCAAAGAUGAGUCGUCUUUGCAGACUGACCAGGGCGAAGAUCGCAUCCACCUCCAGGAAUUUCUCAACAUGACAUCGAUUCGAUUCAUGGAAUUGACGACAACGAAGCGGCGCCAUACCCAGGCGCCCGAGGCCUUCAAGGAUGGGCUGAUUGACGACGAGGGCAACUUUCCUCUGGAGCGAUGCGUCGUCGCCGGUGCCUGCACAGUUCCGAUGCUGGAGCUUUACCAGCAUUCCUGCCGUGAACUCAAGAAAUACAUUUCCGAAGGACGGAGGAUUGUUCGCGAGAUUGAAACAGAGACUUUUGAAGACAACCCGCCACUGUUCCGAGAGUACAUGUCUGCGACACCAGAGAUCAAGAAUGUGCUUGACAACCAGUUCAAGAAUGGCAAGUCGCAUGCCCGACUUGAGAGCAAGGCGAUGUGGUAUGCCUGGCGUACGGCGCUCCAGGAGGGUCUCAAGGAGGGCCUCAUCAGAAUAGCAGAAGGCAUGGAUGCCGACGACAAGGUCCUUGAGCAGCAACAGACGCUCCUGUCUUCCAUUCUUCCAAUCCUCAUCUCUCGAUUUGAGGCGCUCAACGAAGAGCGAAUAAACCUCGAAGCUGUGGCACAGGAACUGGCCGACUGCGACCCAUCCGAGCUCGAGGCUGUUCGAUCCGAGCUCGCGGAUGUCGAUAGUGACAUGGAGAAGAAGACUAAGCAGAUUGUGCAACUCCGAGCACAGCUUGAGGAAUCAGAAGCAACUGUUGAGCAGCUCACUGCCCGCAAGCGGGCAUGGCAAGAGGAGAUUGAGGAGGCCGAGAAGAUCCGCGAGGAAUGUCGCGGCUGGUCGACCAGUGAGAUCUCUACACUCAAGGCUCGCGUUGAUGCCAUUGAAAAGCAGCACGGCUGGGCCAUCUCCGGCAUUGCCGACUCGACUGUCUCCAUGACGUACCGACGAAGCAUCGAACUUGUCUUUAACAUAUCUGCCUUCGGCAGCACCCAAGGCAAGAACUCGCAAAUCGAUCUUUGGUACAUCGCGACCAACGGCGACGGUAGCCCGCGAACCUCUUCGGUGGAACAGGAAUUCUUCGUGCAGUGCAUCCGCGACCAUGUGCGGGGUCUCCCGCAGAGCCGCACUAAGAUUGUCGACUUGCUUCAUGUGAUCCGUGCGGCAUGGGACAGAGCCGUCUCCACCUGCGACGACAUCCGCCGCGUCAACAUGACUUUUCCCACGUCCGUCACGCGCACCUCUGAUUCUUCUAUCUCCGUGUGCUCAUCGCUUCUGUUGACGGCCAUUGAGACGAGAGUCGAGAUUGUGCUUGGUCUGCGCGGUGUGAGCACCUCUGAUGGACUCGACUUUGUCAUCCAGCCUGACGCAAGAGUCGUAUAUGGAGAGACAUUCAAUACAGGCAAGAUGGGAGAAUUCCUUACCACGCACCUGGGUGAAAAGGUUGUUGACAGGCUGGCCGACUCCCCUUCGUGGAACGAUGUGGUCGUUGAUCUUCAUGAGCGGUUGAUUGCCAGGGGCAGGAAGUAG